AGGCUGAGUAACGACCACAUAUGUUACUUUCUUUACCAAAUCCUCCGAGGAUUAAAAUACAUACAUUCGGCAAAUGUACUUCAUAGAGACUUAAAACCUAGCAACCUACUUCUGAACACCACGUGUGACCUCAAAAUUUGUGAUUUUGGUUUAGCACGAGUUGCAGAUCCCGACCACGAUCACACAGGAUUCCUUACAGAGUAUGUCGCAACACGAUGGUACAGGGCGCCAGAAAUAAUGCUCAAUUCAAAGGGUUACACCAAAUCGAUAGACAUAUGGUCGGUGGGAUGCAUUUUAGCAGAAAUGUUAGCUAACAGACCUAUCUUUCCCGGAAAACACUACUUAGAUCAACUUAAUCACAUCUUGGGCGUACUAGGAUCCCCAUCUCAAGAAGAUUUAGACUGCAUAAUCAAUGAGAAGGCAAGAAGUUACCUGCAGUCGCUUCCUUUCAAACCGAAAGUUCCCUGGGCUAAGUUAUAUCCAAACGCCGAUCCGAAGGCUUUAGAUUUAUUAGAUAAAAUGUUGACUUUCAAUCCACACAAGAGGAUAGGAGUUGAGGAUGCUUUGGCGCAUCCAUAUCUUGAACAGUAUUAUGAUCCAGCUGAUGAGCCUGUAGCGGAAACACCGUUCAGAUUCGACACAGAAUUGGACGAUUUACCAAAAGAUGAACUGAAGAGGUUAAUUUUCGAAGAAACUUAUCUAUUCAAACGCGGUUGCAUGUAGAACCCAAGGCAGAGUACAUCAUAGUCAUCUGAGAUAAGCGUUCAAAAAGAUGAUUUACAUUUAAAUUUAUGUUAAGAAGGUUUUUGAAAAAUAUCUUUCAUUUAUAUCAGGUGAAGGCAGAUUGGUGCUUUGUCAGUUUAUCAAUUCUAAAAGUGAUAGUAUUGCUUAUUUGUAUGAUAUUUUUAUCCAAAUACACUUAUCUCUGAUUGAUAAUAGGCUGAUGCCAAAACUUUGACGACUGAGUGCCGAAAAAUUUAAUAAGCCCCGUUAUAUCAGUUGGCCAGAAUUGACACACUUCAAAAGCCGGCCCUGAAAUCUAUAAAUCACAAAUAUAACAUAAUAUAUCUUGGUUCUCUUCGAAAUUCUACUUUUAUUCCUCGUUCAUAAUUUGUGUACUCCAAACAUACUUGAAACUUGCUCAUUUUCAAUUAUGAUGUCUUUUUUGGUUCAUCCCCUAUUGAAAUUUUUUUUGAGUGACUCAUUUUUCAAAGAAAAGUCAAAUUUCUAACCAUUCCAUAUCAGUUCUUCGCGUUGAUCAUGAAAUUUCCUUGACAGCAGUGAAAAAAUGAUAGUGCAUUACAACUUAGUAAAUAUUUUUUGUUACUUGAGAUAUCUUGUAUGAUAUCCUUUCUGUAUGAUUUUUGAGUUUCACCAAAGACGGUAUUUGAGUGGUAUCCGACUCUGUUGAAAGUUGGAAAAUAGCUUGAUCGCAAUUUGUAAAUAUCCUGAAAGAUAAAUUUUUCUAUAGUAAGCUACAAGUUGGAUCAACACAAGAGUAACGAUGUAAGUCGAGUUCUUCCAACAUUCAAAUUUGAUUUUGAUGAUUUUGUUAUUUCAUAUAUACUUGUACUUGUACUUGAAAGAAUAUUUUCAGUAUGGAUUAUUACAAGCCACUUUAUUACCAUGAUUGUCAGAGAGAGAGAGGGAGAAACAUUUGCAAAAUUAUCAUAUUACUUUAUUUGUUUUUUUUUUCAUCUUUUCAAGUAUUUGCUAUUCUGAUGACUCGUAUGUAUUUUUUUCCAAGUUAAAAAGUUUUAAUUGUCUGGUUUACUCCAUUGUUUCAGAUCACAAGUUGAUAUGGGGGAAAUUUAACUAAAAUUAACUUGACAAAAAGGCUCUCAGAAGAGCAUAUUUUUCAAUCGAAAUGGUAUAUCAUUGAUAGCAAUUAAUUUUUGAGAACGAAAGGUUUUGGCCUUCUGCUUCUCUAUUUUCAUACAAAAAAAA